AUGCCGUUAUCAACAACAAGAUUGGUACUACAGGAAGAAAAGGUGAAGGUAGUUUUCAAUUUGUAUGACGGCCGUCGUCUGGAGACCGAAGGUAAAGUUGGUGAUACACUGCUUGACGUGGUGGUGAAUAAUGACUUGGAUAUAGACGGAUAUGGAGCUUGCGAGGGUACAUUGACAUGUUCUACGUGUCACGUGGUGUUAAAACAAGUUGAUUAUGACAGGUUACCAGAAGAAGCAGGUGAUGAGGAACGCGACAUGUUAGACCUGGCUUACGGUCUAACUGAUACGUCUAGGCUAGGCUGUCAGAUAACACUGACUAAAGACCUGGAUGGUCUGGAAGUAAAUGUGCCUGAAAGUGUCAACGAUGCUAGAAGCUGA